UCUCCCGGGCACCCACGUUGCCUUGACGACGGCGGGCGCGGGACACCUAGGAAAGCUGCGGCUCUGAGGCGCCGCGGAGACGACCCUGCGGGCGGGGAGCAUGAGGAGCUGGUGUCUGUGUCAGAUCUGCACGUGCGGCUUUCCGUCCACGCCUGACCCUGUUCCCAGUUCCGCCCGGGCAGAUCCUUUGGGAUCGGAGUGACUGAAAAGGCGACAUCACUGUCCCCAUGGAACCACCAGGAUCUAUGAAAAUACUGGCGUGUGUUGUCCCACAACUGAAUAUUUGGAGAAAUAUCCUACAUAUGGCAGUGUUCUUCCAGCUCAGAGUCUUAAACCCAAGCAAGGAUUCCAAGCGUACCGGGGUAAAAUGGAAGGAAUAACAACAUUUAAAUCAGAUUAUCGUCCUUAUGAAAUAAUCCAACAGCCUCGCCAUGCACCAGAAGAAUAUAAACCCAACCAGGGGGAGAUUGACCUUGGUACUACCUACAAACGAGAUUUUAAUUCUUAUAAAAUACAGCCUGUGGCAAUCGUCCGCCCUUUGGAGAGACAGCAAGUGAAAAAAGGAAAGUUGGACACCGUCCCAACCUAUAAAGAUGAUUAUAGAGCUUGGGACAUUCAAAAAAGUGAACUUUAUAAACCAGAACAAAGUUACUAUCCCCCUACUGUGAAGUUUGGAAAUUCAACUACAUUUCAGGACAACUAUGUUCCUUGGGAGAUCCAGCCGAGGCAGAGCUUUAAACCCAGCUCUGUCGUCCAACGGCCCACCGUCCCUUUCAAUGGUGAUACAAGCCAUCACCUUGAUUAUGCACCUUAUCAGCUAGAAUCCAAGUUGGCACGGCCCAAAGAGGUUUACAAGCCAACCAACCAACCCUUUGAGGAUCUCACAACUCACCGAUGUGACUUUCAGGGUCUUGUUGGUGCAACUGCAAAAAUCUGCAGGCCUGCACACACCAGAGUGACCCAAAAUGCCCAGUUUGAAGGGAGCACUGAAUUCCGUGACAGUUUUCAACCCUGGGAAAUCCCACCACCUAAAGUGAAGAAGGUACAAGAAUACGUUCCGCCUACAGGUUCCAUGCAGUUACACAGCACCAGCCAUCUCGACUACGUUCCAUACCAGGCUGAACGUGUCAUCCCCAUCAGGCCCAUUUCUCACCGGAGAAAUCACCAUUUUCCUUUCCAAGGAAAAAGUACCACGAAGGAAGAUUUUCCAGCCUGGGAAAGUUGUCGUCAAGGACUCAUUAAAAAGCAACAGCAGAUUCCCAACCCAUCUGGAAAAUUUGAUGGUUUGAGCACUUUCAGAUCUCACUAUGUGCCACAUGAAUUGAUUCCAACGGAGAGCUGCAAGCCUAUAAAUGUUCCUUUGCAAAGUUCUUGUCCAUUUGAUGAUGUCACUAUGUACUCUACAGAGUAUGCACCGAAGAAACAGGAAAUCUGCCCCGCGAGCUAUGCUUCUCCUCCGGGUUACAUCUUUGAAAAUACAAAUUCCCAAGGUCAUAAAUUCUUCCGCAAGAUCACACCCGCAGUGAAAGCCUUCUAACCAGCAAGUCAUGUUUAAAAGACAGCUAACUCAGGAUGUUGAUUUUCCAAGGGCAAAACUGAUAUUUUUUUUAGAGUAGAAAAAAAGAAUUAUGAGUGGGCUAAACACAAUCCAUUUUUAAUCAAGAAAACUGGAAAAUUUGUUACAGGAAAUCAGGAUCUUAAAAUCUAUUUUGUAUUGAUAUUUUAACCAACAUCGUUCUUUAAUAUGCAUUUCCGAAAGUUGAAUAAUGUAUUCUCCCAUCGGAACUAUUUUAAUCCCCAACACACUGUUUGGUAGCUUGUCUCCAAUCUAUUACACUAUCACUUAUACUUGAGUUUUAAUUACGGCAACUGUAUGGUGAUUCGCAUGCCAGUUUUCACUUCCGAAGCCCACUGGGACUAGAACGCCACUGCAAAUGAUACAUGAUUCCUCUUCCAAGGCCACGGGACCCUUUUCCUCUACCGAGUAACCACUGAGUCAAGUUUGGGUGGGUGGUGGGAAAGAUGGCUGCACUGCUCUGCAGUGUUCAAAUUAGUAGGAGCCCCUGAGCUGUGACAAGGACAGAAUCAAAGGGUCUGCGUUCAAGUUCUAAUGACAUCGGUUCCCACUGGUGCCACCCUAGGCAAGUGACUCAUGCCUGAGCCUCAGUCUCUUCGACUGUAAAAGGGGAGCUUCCCUGCCUACCUCACGAAAUGUGUGUUUUGCACAUCAGCUCGUAUGAUGCAGUGUCAUCAGAAAGUCAAAGUGCUAAACAAAUGUCAGGGGUCGUUAACAAGUCACUUCAUAUCCUUUUGUACCUGUUGUUUCCUUUUUCACAUUAGGAUAAUUACCUACUCAGUAAUCACUCACUUUCGGGCCUUAGCAAGGAUUUUUAAAUACCCUACUUUGCUUCGAGCGUCUGAGUAGUACGAUUUCUGAGAAGUCUUGCCCUCGAAAGCUUCCACAAGCACCUGAGUUGUUGUUGCGGAGAAUGGAGAGCUUAGAAUGGGGGAAUCAUAUGGUUUGAAUGACAGUAUUUCCAGAUAGGAAAAAGCAUUGGCCAGAGUAGUGUUAGGAAUGAGUGAGAGCGCUUCAGGGUAACCUCAGGUAGUGACGCACCUGGAUGCCACGCCCAGAGUCACCGGUCAGAAGGCCUGGGCUCAGUGUGGGGCCUGAGGAUGCUCUCCUCAUCCUCGCGAAGUGGGAAGAACAUACUGCAUCUAUAAAUGCCGAAU